UAUUAUUUUUGUGAAAUAUUAUUAUGGUACUUGACAAAUAGGCUUAAAACAUUAUUAAAGAUAGAUAAUUUGAUGAAUAUAACCAAAAACUUACAUGUAUUAAACAAUGAAAUUUCACAAAUAAAUGACAAUGUUUGUAAUGAGACUAUUAAAGACCCAAAUAGCCACAAAAAAAUUAUUAGAACAAAAAUAAACAAUGAUAUUAAAUAUAAUGUUAAAAGAGCAUCACAUUCUCAAAUGAUGUUGGAAACAUUUGCAAAAUGCCUCAACGAAAUAGAUAUUUGUUUAGUUUGCGACCUAUGUAAAGGGUUAGGAAUAUACAACGUGUGGCUUAACAUCCUGUUAAACACAUCUCUACAGUUUAAAUCGAUGCAGUUGGCUAACAAUUUUGAUAUUUUCAAGCAGACAUCUAAUUUUAUGAAUUCUAAAAGUGAAGGUGAUAAGAUUAUGGCAGAAUUUGAUGAAGGAAUCAAGGGAAAUAAGUCGGAAUCACCUGUUGAUGAGCUUAAAAGACAUUUAUACGCCAAUCAAAUACCCAUGGCACAAUAUUUCGACUAUUUAUUCAAGCCUCUCAUCGAAAGACAUAACAAAAUGUGUCUCAUUUUAGCCAAUGUCUUAAUGACCGAAUAUCACGUGACACGCUUAGACUAUCUGCCCUCUAUUUUGGCCUUUAGUGAGGCACAGCAGUCGCUUAGUCAAUUACUACUACUCCUUGGCGAAUCGAAUGCGACGAUCAUUAAUUCGCACAAGAAUAACGCUUUGAGUGGCAACGGAUUCUACGAAGAAAAAGGAGAUAAAGCCCACUCCAAGAAGUAUCAAUACGUACGACACGGGGAGAACCUUAAAACUUACGAUGCCAUGGAUACCCUCAAACCGAAAGUCAAUCAACCGGUGAAUAGUAGUGGUUAUGCCGGUAAAGGUUGGCUAGGUUACUUGGCCAAUUUGUUGCCUCACUAUUCCCACGCCACCACCGUGGAUUCCUCUAAAAGUACAAGGAUUCUUAGAGACGACGAUAAUAUCGAUAACCUUAUUGGCCCCUUACCCCUAAAGAUCAGGUUCGAACGUCAUUUGCAAGAUUUGAAAAAUAAGAUUUUCCUAUAUUUCUAUCCAUGUCAUCCAAUCCUGGAAGAUGUCGAUCAAGGUCGUUUAAUCCAAAAGGCAAAAAAGGUGCAAAAGGAUUGCGGCGCGUUAUCGCUGGCCUUCAUUUUGAACAAAGCGGGAUUAGAUCGACUUCUUACCCUUACGCCUUCAAAAAUAAUAACUAGUCAAAUGGCCUAUUCAAACGUUGACAAAACUGAACUACGACUUAAUCAAGCUAAAAUUUACGAAAAGGUGCGUUCAUUUUUAACAAAUCCUUAUUCCUCCAGCCUCGAAGAUUUUGGGUCGAAUGGUAUAGAAAGUUCUUACAAAAUUUUAGCCUCGUUUCCACAGACUAUGCCCGAGAUCAACGAUCAUCAAUCCUUGAAAAAAUAUAUGCCAGGUUUCGUGAUGCUAGUAGACAACUUAUACUCCGCGGAUAAGCUUUUCGACGACUAUUGUUCAAAAGUUGACUAUAUAUGUGCAAACAAGCAUAAUAAAAGAUCCGAUACUAUUUCGACCUGUAAUAGUCUCUCGUUAAAUAUUCCAACUGAGCAUGAACAUAUCAAGCCGUACUCCUAUUCACAUCAUUCCUUAACCCGACCUGAAACCAUUCACUUCACUCAUCAUUUCAAGGGCCCUUAUAACCUCAGCGUUCGCAGCAAAAAUACCAAAAUCGAUUCUUUUCACAACUUAAGCGGUAACCUAUCAGCUACGACAGACAAUAAAAGACCUAAUCUUUUCAAUCUUUUCACUUACUUUACUCCUACCACAUCUUCUAGUUUGAUUCCUAAAAUAACGGAAAGAGAUGUCUUGGACGAUAGAUUAAUACCGGAAGGAAGCACAAAUUUCGCUGAUUCAAAUGAUCUCGAUGAAAAGGAAGCAAUAUAUCUAACCUCCGCAAAUCCCCAAUUUGACCAGACGCCUUAUUUUGAAGAAAAUAUCAAGCCAUGCCAAGUUAAUGAAGCUAACGAGGAAUUACUGAAAAAUGAUUACUCUUUUAUAACAACCGAUGAUAAAGCGUUCGAAGUAGGAAAUAAUUUAAAAUUAUGUUCGGACUUACUUGAGACAUCUAGGAACGACAUAAUUGGAGAAUUGUCGCGAUCAAAACCGUUCAAGACCCAUUACUUCUACGACAAAGGUCUAGAUGUCACCUACAUAGUAACAAAUAUCGAAAGCGAUUUAGUAUUCUUGCUUAUCCUGAUGCCCGGUAAUUUUCAGAACUUGGAAGAUUCUCAGACAAUCGAAAAUUCUUACAAUGAUAUCUUGGAUUCUUCAAACUCUACCAAGACAAAUACUACUUUUAAUCAUCAAGACUUGAAUUUAGAAGCCUCAUCUUCACUCUGCGAAAAAUUUAAUAAAAUAAAUCUCAUCGAAGACUUCAUUAAUCGUUUAAAUGUACGAAUGAACCCUUUAUCGACGAUUGAAAAAUUGUUCCCCUCCUAAAAGCGAGCAUGAAGUAACUUAUACAAAUCUUUGUCGAUAAUACGGGUUUCUCCACCGCCAAUGCAAUUUUAAUUAUUGAUAAUAAUUAUUUUAUAAAUUAUAUUUUAAAAUCAAAUUAUUUCUUAUAUUAUC